UAGAUGAGCUUUGGGCUCACUGCAGUGAAGGCGAAAUUCUUGUCCCAGCAAGUCGUAUCACAAAAUACCAAGCUACUGAACUCGCCGUAAUUGUAAUUCCGUCACGGUUCUAAAUCCUGUACCAGAAUGACCAACCAGCACUCGGAUACUAAAAUCUUUCUAUCUUCUGCCGGCGUCGAUCAUUACGCCGUAAACCAGGGUGUACUACCAGCCGGUCAUGAAGACCAUUUAGUGGAUGUCGUUGCUUUCACAGACCAUUCCAUUAUGGAAGAACCUUUGAGUUCGAAGGAAAACGAAAUGAAUUCGCUUCCAGCUACAGCGAUGGUGCUUGGCUUGGGUGCUGCCGUGUGCUUUGUUUUGUUGGUCAUCUAUAUUGUCGUGAAAGUUCAUUUUUGCAAAAAGGAAACGCAAAAAAACAACAAAAGCUCGACUAUUAGUCACGACACUCUAAAGAAUCCUCCUUCAACCACCUCACCUGCAUACCCGAUCGAUUCGUUUAACAAGAACUGGUAUACUGAUGAACAAGUUCCAGAUCAAAUGCAAUCAGAACCAAAUUUCUCCCGAGUUCACUCAAUAGACUUCUGCCAUCAGACUUCUGAUGAACGACGUUUGACUGAAAGUGAACCAAAAGCUCGCUUGACGGCGGCCAAAUUUCUACCGAGGUAUUAACCAACACUAGUUUAAUAGCCGGUGAAAAUAUGCCAAUAUCUUAACAACAUUUCGGCAAAUGUCACGGACAAUGGCCAAUAGAUUUCUUAAUCGGUGCCCACUUGUAAACGAAACUUGUAUACAAAUAGCACACAGUCGUGAGUCUAAGUAUCUUUCACUGAAGAGUUAUUUUCACUUUUCUUUUACUAGUUGGCUUACUCGCGCCAAAAAAAUCUCUUUCUCUCUUCCCUUUUCUGUUUAGCUGUAAGCCAAUCUAAAAAAAAUGGUAGACAAAGCCCGACAAAGCCUUAUUAAAAGAACAGGAGAAAAAGACGUAGGUUCAGUGAAAACAGAGUAAAAAAACAAAAAACUGAAACUGUGGUGAAAGCUACUGGAACUCCCAACUUUGUUUUGUUACAAAACUGAUUUUACAAUUUUUGUAGCCUUUAUAUUUAUGAAAUGCCAUUGAUUAAAAUCCAUUUCAUGUUACAGAUACAGAGCAAGUGUAAAGAAAAACACAGUUUUAUGCCCGUACGUACGAAUAAUACAUUUAAAAAUCGGAGCGUU